AUGCUGGUAUGCCUUGCUGCGCUGGUCGCAGUGCCGCAGAUUUCUUUUUGCUCAGCACAAGGGAGUUUCAGCACACCGAAGGCUUUCGGUGGCAAACUUGGUGAUGCAUCCGAUCUAACAAACUUCGUGACGCGUCCAGAUAUCAAAGCGCCUUCUUUCAAUGUUACACAGCACAAGCCUGAGCGCGUUUCGCCUGGAUACUGGUUCGUUGCGCCCUAUGUCUCUCUUGUGAGAGAGUCCGUGGACGCACAUUACUACCAGCCAUGUCAAAUUGGCCCCCUUAUCUACGACGGAGCUGGAGAACUGGUAUGGAGCGGUGCAUGUUUGCUCGGAAAUCAGAAUGCAGUCGACUUUCGCCCCUUCCAUGCUGAUGGCAGGGAUUAUCUAUCGAUGAUUUUAUACUCACAAACGCCCAAAGCUAUAGAGAGCAGCAAAGCCAUUGUUGUUGAUGAUAGCCUGCAAGUGUCUUCAAGGUACGAGCCGGACUCCAACUCAGGCAUGAGUCUCAACAUGCACGAAUUCAAUGUCAUCAACAACGGCAAGACAGUACUGCACCUGGCGAAACGAUCCAUCGAAAGGGAUAUCACGGGCGUGAAGCAAUCGAGCACGUCUUCUCAGACAGGGCGUAUUGUCGACAAUGGCUUUGCGGAAGUGGAUCUUGUGUCGAAGAAAGUCCUAUUCGAAUGGUGGGCGGCCGACCACGUCCCACUGACAGACAGCUCCGGAGUUGUGAGCGGACUCACACAAAAGGCACCGCAAGGCUGGAACUGGAUCCACAUGAACAGUGUCGACAAGAACGAAGAAGGCGACUACGUGGUCUGCGCACGAUACACAGAUGCGAUCUAUAAGAUCUCCGGCAAAGAUAGUCGUAUACUCUGGACUCUCGGUGGUCGGUCAUCUUCUUUCAAGAUUCCGCCUGAUCUCGACUUUUCCCGUCAACACGAUGCUCGAUUCAUCAGCUCCAGUGGUACCGAGGAAGUGAUAUCCUUUUUGAACAACGGAGGUGACGACCACGGCUCAACAUCCUCCGCCUCCUCUGGCCUUCUGGUGUCUCUCAACACUGCUUCUAUGACCGCCAGCAUCAUCAACCGAUGGCCACGUCCAAGCGGCGAAAUCACCAAACAGCGCGGCAACUUCCAAGUUCUGCCGAAUGGCAAUGUCUUUGCCGGGUGGAGCGAUAACUCUCAUAUCAGCGAGCAUUCUCCUCAGAGCGAACUGUUGAUGGAAGCAAGGUGGGCAAACGAGAGGUUCGCCACAUAUCGUGCUUGGAAAGCCAAUUUCACGAGCAUGCCUGCGGAGCCUCCCACUUUGAAGGCUUUUGUCUUCGGAACGAGGAGAGAAGACGCGAUUCUGGCAGCCUACGUCAGCUGGAAUGGAGCGACAGAGGUGGAUAACUGGAGGUUCUAUGGUAUUGGAAGAGAUGGACAAACACGGAUCCUAGGACGAAUGCAGAAGACUGGCUUCGAGACUUUGUUUCAGAUGAAAGGCUGUGCGGCUGAGGUGUAUGCUGAAGCCAUUUCCAGAGAUGGGCGGGUGCUGGCCAAAUCCGCUGCCGUGCCUACACUGGACGCGGACUCUAUCUGCUCUGUCGACCGAGGGCAAUCUGAGGAUAUACUUACACACUUCGAGCUGCCACGCACUUCCUAUCUGAAUGCUACCAGCCUAUUUUGGAUUGCGUGCAUUACUGCGGUCCUUGCUUAUGCCUGGCGGACUAUGCGCCGGUGGAAGAGGUGA